AGCAUAGCCCAAUCCAGUUAAGAAUAACAUGAAUCAGUCCCUCUCUUUCAUCUGGAGAAAGAAAGAAGCGAAAACGAAGAACCAGAGAACUAGAGGUUGGAGAAGACUAGAAGAGGGCUUUCUAACUUUUGUUGUCGUUUAAGCUUUACUUUUGGUUCAUAAAAAAGAUGUUUAAGAACAUAUUCCAAUCUGGGUUACUCUCAAUUCUCUACUCUCUUGGGAGCAAACCUUUGCAGAUUUGGGAUAAAGAAGUUUCUGAUGGCCAUAUUAAACGUCCUCAUGAUGAGGACAUACAGUCUGAUGUGCUAGAGAUAGUUGGAUCAAAUAUUCAGUCAACAUACAUCACCUGUCCAGUAGACCCAAAUGCAACACUUGGUAUAAAACUACCAUUCCUGGUUAUAAUCGUAAAGAAUCUGAAGAAAUAUUUUACAUUUGAGAUUCAAGUUCUUGAUGACAAGAAUGUCAGGCGACGUUUCCGAGCUUCGAAUUUUCAAGCUGUGACUCGUGUGAAGCCGUAUAUCUGCACCAUGCCGCUAAAAAUGGAUGAGGGCUGGAAUCAAAUACAGUUUAAUCUAGCUGAUUUUACCAGGAGAGCUUAUGGAACAAACUAUGUGGAGACAUUGCGAGUUCAGGUUCAUGCAAACUGUCGUCUGAGGCGUAUAUAUUUUUCUGAACGCAUGUGUUCGGAGGAGGAACUUCCCCCAGAAUUCAAGCUGUACCUUCCAAUGCAACAACAGAAAGCUUGAUAUGGUAAUUUUGAAUGGUGUGAUCUGUUAGAGAAGGGCUUCAACUCUCAAGACCGUGAACUUGAUUAUGCCAUAUAUAUUAUAUAUAUUUUAAGAAUAUGUUUAUUAAUCUAUAGUUCUAGUUGAUCAAAUUUUUUCAAUUCUGAUGGAGCUUCAUAGUUCUUAGCAGAUUCUGAACUUUAUCUGUAUGGAAUGGUUUACAUUUUUCAAGAUUCUAAGCUUUAUUAUUUUACAUGUUUUUGUGCUCAA